AUGUCGUAUGACCCUUCCUCUCAGCAACGGUACGCCCCCGUCGCAGGCUACGGCCAGCCGGGGCGGGAUCAGCCCGGCACGUACGAGGAGAAGGCCGGCCUGACGGGCGCGGGCGGCGAGUCCUACCCUAUGACCAACGUCUACAGCGGAAGCGGUAGCAGCACACCGCGCAAUCCCUUUCACGACCCGUCCCAGCAGUCUCUUCUCUCAACACCCACUCGCCAAUACUCGAACUCGAACAUGAGCGGAGCAGCCGGCGUCGGAGCAGCCGCUGGAAUGGGAGCAGGAGCCGGAGCGAUGGCCUACGGUGCUGGAGGAGACCACGGAUUCAGCAGCGCCGGCUCGCAGCCGACGUACAACGCUGCCGCGAUGGCGCACGACAAUGUGCCGUCUGACCAGCUUUGGGCGAUGGACAAUGGAGACCACGGCUACCGCGGAUACGACGAGUCUGGGCAUGUUGCCGAGAAGGCAAGCAGCGGCAAGAAGAAGUGGAUCAUCAUUGGAUCGGUCCUGCUCCUUGCGGCCAUCAUCGUUGGUGUCGUUGUCGGCGUCGUCGUGUCGAAGAACAACAACAGCAGCAGCAGCAACAGCGGGUCGAGCAAGAGCGGCGACAGCAAGAGCGGCAGCAAGGACAGCGCCUCGCCCGACUUUGAGAAGGACCCGAAGCUCCACCAGGUCUUCUGGGGCAUGGCUUACGCCCCCGCCGACGGACGACCGCCCUGGUGUGCGAACACGCAGGAGGCGGUGAACAAGGACAUUCAGAUCCUGUCCCAGCUGACGACUCGUCUCCGUCUGUACGGUGCCAACUGUGGUGUCACGCAGCAGGUUCUCAAGGCGAUCAAGGAUCUCAAGGUUGACAUGAAGAUCUAUCCCGCGAUCUACCUCGACUCAUCCGAGACGAACCAGCAGUACUACGACUGGCAGGUCGGCAACAUCUCCGAGGCGAUCACCGAGUACGGCGCGGACAACAUUGAGGGCAUCGCCGUCGGCAAUGAGUACCUCCUGAUCAUGAUGACUGAGGCUGGCGAGUCGCAGCCGUCUGGACCGACGUACUCCAAGUAUGUCAAGCAGCUCGCGAGCUACGUGCAGGACUUCAAGAAGACGCUGAAGGGCUGGAACGUGGGCAAGGACAUUCCCGUCGGCACCGGUGACGCGGGCUCGAUGAUGUCGGUCGAGCUCGGCAACGAGGUCGACUACUUCAUGGCCAACGUGCACCCGUGGUUCGGUCUGAACACGCCCGUCGAGAUGGCGGCGGGAUGGACGUGGGACUACUUCCAGAACAACGACGUCGCGUUUGCAGAGAAGAGCAGCCCCGUGCCCGAGACGUUCAUCGCCGAGACUGGCUGGCCUACCAAGUCAAUGGACAAGGAGCACGAGACCAACAUGGAGAAGGGCAUGGCUGCCUCGGCCACAAAGGGCAACUAUGCCAGCGAGGAGAACCUCCAAAAGUUCCUCGACACGUACGUGUGCCAGGCCAACAAGAAUGGGACAAAGUACUUCUACUUUGAGCCCUUUGACGAGCCCUGGAAGGAGCAGUAUGGCGGCGUCGAGCCGUACUGGGGUCUCUUUGACCACGACCGUAACCUCAAGAACAUCGAGAUCCCUACGUGCGAAUAA